AAAGUUUUAAUUCAAAUGUCAAAUCUUAGACACAAGAGAUUUCAUACUGGAAAGAAACCCUAUGCAUGUAAGAAAUGUGAAAAAGCCUUUAGUCACAAACCACAUCUCACAGAACAUGAGAAAACUCACAGUGGACAGAAAGACUAUGAAUGUAAAGAAUGUGGAAAAGCCUUCAGCCAAAAGCAAUACCUCAUUAAACAUCAGAACAUUCAUACUGGAGUAAAACCCUAUAUAUGCAAGGAAUGUGGGAAAGCCUUCAACCAGAAGGAAAACCUCAUUACCCAUCAGAGAAUCCAUACUGGAGAGAAACCUUUUGAAUGUGGUGGAUGUGGGAAAGCUUUCAUUCAGAAAUCAAGCCUCAUUACAUGCCAGAGAAGACAUACUGGAGAGAAACCCUUCAUAUGUAAGGAAUGUGGGAAAGCCUUCAGUGGCAAAUCAAAUCUCACUGAACAUGAGAAGAUUCAUAUUGGAGAGAAACCUUAUAAAUGUAAUGACUGUGGAACAGCCUUCAGCCAGAGGCAGUAUCUCAUUAAACAUUACAACAUUCAUACUGGAGAGAAACCCUAUGAAUGUAGUAAGUGUGGAAAAGCCUUUUCACAAAUCACAUCACUUAUUAUACAUGUGAGAAUUCAUACAGGUGAUAAACCUUAUGAGCGUAAGGUAUGUGGGAAAGAAUUCUCUCAAAGUUCAUCUCUUACUGUGCAUGUUAGAAGUCAUACAGGUGAGAAACCUUAUGGUUGUGAUGAUUGUGGAAAAGCCUUUUCUCAGUUCUCAACUCUUGCUUUACAUGCGAGAAUCCAUACAGGUGAGAAGCCUUACCAGUGUAGUGUAUGUGGAAAAGCUUUUAGCCAGAAAUCACACCACAUUAGACAUCAGAGAAUUCAUACUCAUUAAAAAUGGUAUGAAUUCCUGGAAGAAGGACUUCAGCAGAUUCAUAGCACAUUAGAAAAUUCAUUCUAAAACAAAAUGCCAUGAAUGUAGGAAAGCCUUAAAAAAGAAACCCAGUACUUAUACCCAA